UAACGGGCAGUGCGCACUCCGAGGCGGCUUCUCCAGAGCGCGGGCUGAAACUGCCUGGCACCGUGAGCCCCUAGCACCCGACAAACUAAGUGUGCAGGACGUGCCCCCACCACACCCACCUCACGGCCGCUGAAUGAGGCUUCCAGGCGUUUGUUCGCUGCCCGCAGAGCCCCGCCGAGGAUCCGCCCGCUGAGGCGCCGGCAGCCAGUGCGCUCACCUGCCAGACUGCGCGCCAUGGGGCAACCCGGGAACAGCAGCGCCUUCUUGCUAGCGCCCAAUGGAAGCCACGCGCCGGACCACGACGUCACGCAGGAACGGGACGAGGCGUGGGUGGUGGGUAUGGGCAUCGUCAUGUCGCUCAUCGUCCUGGCCAUCGUGUUUGGCAAUGUGCUGGUCAUCACAGCCAUUGCCAAGUUCGAGCGUCUGCAGACUGUCACCAACUACUUUAUCACUUCACUGGCCUGUGCUGACCUGGUCAUGGGCCUGGCAGUGGUGCCCUUUGGGGCCAGCCAUAUUCUCAUGAAAAUGUGGACUUUUGGCAACUUCUGGUGUGAGUUUUGGACUUCCAUUGAUGUGCUUUGCGUCACGGCCAGCAUUGAGACCCUGUGCGUGAUCGCAGUGGAUCGCUACUUUGCCAUUACUUCACCCUUCAAGUACCAGAGCCUGCUGACCAAGAAUAAGGCCCGGGUAAUCAUUCUGAUGGUGUGGAUCGUGUCAGGCCUUACCUCCUUCUUGCCCAUUCAGAUGCACUGGUACCGGGCCACCCACCAGGAAGCCAUUAACUGCUAUGCCAAGGAAACCUGCUGUGACUUCUUCACGAACCAAGCCUAUGCCAUUGCCUCCUCCAUCGUGUCCUUCUACGUGCCCCUGGUGGUCAUGGUUUUCGUCUACUCCAGGGUCUUUCAAGUGGCCAAAAGGCAGCUCCAAAAGAUUGACAAAUCUGAGGGCCGCUUCCAUGCCCAGAACCUUAGCCAGGUGGAGCAGGAUGGGCGGACCGGGCAUGGACUUCGCAGGUCUUCCAAAUUCUGCUUGAAGGAGCACAAAGCCCUCAAGACGUUAGGCAUCAUCAUGGGCACCUUCACCCUCUGCUGGCUGCCCUUUUUCAUCGUCAAUAUUGUGCAUGUGAUCCGGGAUAACCUCAUCCCUAAGGAAGUUUACAUCCUCCUAAAUUGGGUGGGCUAUGUCAACUCUGCUUUCAACCCCCUUAUCUACUGUCGGAGCCCAGAUUUCAGGAUUGCCUUCCAGGAACUUCUGUGCCUACGCAGGUCUUCUUUGAAGGCCUAUGGGAAUGGCUACUCCAGCAACAGCAACGGCAACACAGGGGAGCAGAGUGGAUAUCCCCUGGAACAGGAGAAAGAAAAUAAACUGCUGUGUGAAGACCUUCCAGGCACGGAAGACUUUGUGGGCCAUCAAGGUACUGUGCCUAGCGAUAACAUUGAUUCACAAGGGAGGAAUUGUAGUACAAAUGACUCACUGCUGUAAAGCAGUUUUUCUACUUUAUAAGACCCCCCCCCCCACCAACAGAACACUAAACAGACUAUUUAACUUGAGUGUAAUAAACUUAGAAUAAAAUUGUAUAGAGAUAUGCAGGAGGAGGGGCAUCCUUCUGCCUUUUUUAUUUUUGUAAGCUGUAAAAAGAGAGAAAACUUAUUUGAUUAUUUGUUAUUUGUACAGUUCAGUUCCUCUUUGCUUGGAACUUAUAAGUUUAUGUCUGAAGGGCUUUAGUCCUAGAGGACCUGGGUCUGCUAUGUUUUGAUGACUUUUCCGUGUAUCUACCUCACUAUUUAAGUAUUAGGGGUAAUAUAUUGCUGCUGGUAAUUUGUAUCCGAAGGAGAUUUUCCUUCCUACACCCUUGAACUUGAGGAUUUUGAGUAUCUUGGACCUUUUAGCUGUGAACAUGGACUCUUCCCCGCUCCUCUUAUUUGCUUACACGGGGUAUUUUAGGCAGGGAUUUGAGGGGCAGCUUCGGCUGUUUUCCUGAGCAAAGUCUAAAGUUUACAGUAAAUAAAUUGUUUGACCAUGCCUUUGUUGCACCUGUUUCUCCAAAACCUCUUGACUGGAGUGCCGUUGCUUCCCCCACUGGAAACCACAGGUAACUACUUGUAAUAACUGCCCAUGACUUAAUGUGGAAUGAUACAAGAAUGGCAUGCACAGAUUGCUUAACCCUUUCAUUUGCUUUUGAAUCUGCUGCUGCAAAGCUGCAUCUCUCCUGACACUUGUGCCCCAAAUCAGUUCUGCCUGCUCUUAGUAUAGCUCAGCUCUCCCUAUGGUUAUUGUUCUGUGUUGUUACCUCAGCAACACUGACUCAUAGAAACGGAGUUAUAGGCAUAUGUUUUCUUCCCUUCACACACCCCCACCACCCACCUUCCAGUUCUACUUGUUUCAUAACUGCUUAUAUUUAUGUUUUGGCCAUGUCUUAUAGCGGAGCUCUUUGUACUGCAUCAGGGCUUGGAAUUUUAGGGAUAAGGAAGAUGUUCUUAUGAAAAAGCUACUCAGACAUGGCCCUGUAAUUCCACGGAAUAAUUAAAAGGGCAUUGGACAUGGGGAGAAAAGCGGGAGAACAUAUAACUGAUGGUUACCUCAUGACCUCAAAACAGAAUUUUAACCCCUUUUUCUUCCUUCCUUUGGUCCUUGUUUUCUUCUCCCAUUGACUCACCUUACUUCCGUCUAAACCAAGGUUCUGAGCCUUGACACUGUUAGCGUUUUGGACCAGAUAACUCUUUGAUGUGGGGUCUGCAUCACUGGGUGUUUAGCACCUCUGGUCUCUAUUCAUUAGAUGCCAAUAGCACCCCCUGGUUAUAAUAAGCAAAAAUGUCUCCAGACAUUGCAGAAGAGCCCCUGAGGUGUGAAUUCACCCCUGGUUGAGAGUCACUGGUAGAAACUUAAAAAUCUAAGCAGAUACAUACAUUCUUUUUAACGCAAGCACUUGAUGGUGCAGAACCUCAGUGAGGGAUUUUCACAGUUCACCUAGGGCAGCACUCUUUCCAUUCCAUCAUGCUGCCUUCAAAACUUGCUUUCUAGCUGCCCAAAGAGUGACCACGAAAUGUUAAGAAGCCUUUAGGUCUCUACAUGAGUUGUUUGGGAGGGUUUAUCAAUGGAGGUGAGGCCUGUGGGCCACUCUGCUUGUGAAGAGAUUAUAAUACUGUCAAGAGGCACGUUAGGGGAAAUCACAAAAGUAAACACAUUUCUUCUCCCAGCCCCUUUCUAUUUUUGCCUGGGUGUCUGAGCCAGAGCUUGGCCCAGGUUUGAUGAAGUGGAUCGUCCUCCUUGGCAAUGCCAGGCUGGAGCGGAUCAGCCUGCAAGGUUCAUUGCCAUUUCACUGGCUUAUGAAACUGACUCCACUCCCCUCUUCCUUUCUGUCCCAGCCAAGGUCCCCAACCAGAAAAGUAUUGUCCUUCUCUGCUUCCUGUCGGCUCAAUGAUGGGACGUUUGGGUGAGCACUGUGCUCUCAGGAGACUGUUAGUUGCCUGUGAUUUUGGAACAUGCCAUAGCAGAUUGGAGAGUGUGUGUCAUUCAGUGCUUUUACUUUUCUCCAAGGCUUUUCAUGCCUAUUAUCACAUUCUCUUUCUACUGCUCUGGUCCCCGCCCUCAGAGAUUUGGGCAGCUUCUUUUGCUAAUCUUUAUGCUCCCGGUAGCCUCAUAAGAUCUCAGAUGUGGAAGAGCCCAUAGAAAGCGUUUAACAUCUGAAGGGACUGAAACCCUGUGAGGCGAAGGACUUGCCCAAGGUAAGCAGCCAAGGAUGUCGGAGUGGGAUUCAAGCCAGGGAACCCGACUGCUAUUCCAGGAACUGCUUCAUUCUCUCCAACACAUUGGCACUGAGUUCUUUCCUCACCCUCAAUUGGGGCUAUAACAUAACACAUUCGUUUCAACCCAAAUAUUUUUCUUUUGGGUCCUUAACACAAAAUUUAGGGCAUAAACAAGUAAUCUGCAAUAGGGAGGCAAAAAAAAAAAAAGAUUUGCUCAUUUAACGCAACAAGAUUCCACUAGGAUAUCUUCUGCUUUUAGGGAAGCUGGGAGAGUCCUUAGCUCUUUAUAACUGGAUGUUGGUGUUUUAUAUAUACUCUUUUGCCUAAAGGAACAUCUAAUGUAAUUUCUGUUAAAAAUUUAGGUAUAUUUAAAAAAUGUAGAUAGUAAUAUGAAUAGUUAAUUCAGAUUCCCAGCUAAAAGGAGAGUUUAACCAUAUUCAGGUUCCUGUAGGAAUACUGUAAGCACAAAAUCUUUGAUUAGUUUUAAAGGUCCUCAUAAGCAACUGUAUUCUAGGCAUAUCUUAAUCCUUUGCUUUCUAUCUCUUUGGUGUGUUGCUUUGUUUCUUUUGGGGGAUUGGAUUUGUCAGUGUCUCUUCCUCUCUCUUUUGCUGACAAGCUGGCUGCCUAAGGUUUGUGUUGUAUUCAUCACCAUAAAGUUUUCUUUGCCUGGACAGCAAGUUCUCAGAGUCUGUCAAGUAAGAACUUUUUUUCUAAGAUGCAAGCUGACAGGUAUGAACAGUGGCAGGACAGGGUGAGCCUCCCCACUGCAAUAAUUAAUGGGAAAAAGAAUCUGGAGAAAAGGGAGCUUGCAAAUAGCAGUUGUCUUUACAUGAUUCUUAGAGUGUUUCUGAUGGUGAACCUACUGCCAAAUGGAGCCUAAACCAGCAUCCAUCAAAGUAUUUAUGGAGCACCUACUGUGUGCAGCAUUAGAAAAGUAUAGGUUUCAGUUUCUCCCUUUUGGAGUAUGACUUUAAUGAUACUAUGUAGAUACCUUUUAUGGAAUCUUACUAAAUGUUAAUGACUAUGUUGGACACCUGUGAGGCAUUGUGUCCUUUCUACAACUGUAUGAUGUAGGUAGCAUAAUUGUCUUCAUCUAACAAAUGAGGGAGCUGAGGUUCAGAAAGAUUCAGUAACUUUCCAAAGCCAUAAAACCAACUAAUUUCAGAGUCAGGACUAGAACCCAGGUCUCUGUGAUUCCAGGAUCCAUGGAGCCUAGCACCCAGGCAAACCAGGAAGCAGCAUGAGGUAGCUUAGAAUUCAUGCCAGAACAAGUGUAAGAACUGGAAAUGCAAUACCUUGCUGAGAGAAGAGGGAGAUUGCUGUGGGUUGAGGCAGGGAGGAAUGUUCCCUUCCAAGCAUGUGACUGCAGGGUUGCUGGGGACUGGGACAAGAAACCAAUCACUGAGUGCCUAGUUUGCUUCUCUGAGUCUUUCUUUUGUCUUCUUAUCAGAGAAUCAGACUAAAAUGGAAAGAGGAUAUGAAACUCUAAAACGAACACAGCAGAGUAAAGCAGAAACACAGGAUGCCCUAUGUCCUAGCAAACUCUCAGCCCUAAAGUUAGAAAGGUCUCCUAAAUUGAGUAGGUAGCUAGACUCUUGCAGAAAUUUGAUAGGCCUGGGUAGCUGUGUAGGUAUGUUGUCUAUCUUAAGCUAGGAUUCUAGAGCAAGGGAGAUGAUUUUCUGACAGCAGAGAGCAAGGAAGGUUAAUACACUUUGAAUGAUGAUACUUUUCAUUGACAGUAUAACCUCUACUAAAUUCAGUCUGUGCUAAUCUGUACUUCACUGACAGGGCAAAUAUAAUUUGAAGGAGGGAUUUUUCUAAAUGCGUAAGAGAACAAACUUCUUAAGCACUUUCAAGAACUUGAGAAAUUCUGCUGUGUUAUGAAUAACAGGAGGCAGGGUGAGGAGAAAAGAGCCCCCCAACCUCCCACCCACCCCACUCUCUCUCUCUGAAGUUGGGUAAGGCGGUUUUCCUCAGCAGACUUCCGUUUGCUCAUCUGUAACUUGAGGCCAGUACAGGUAGUAUCUAAGCUCUGUUCCACUCUGAAUGUAUACAGUUGUUCAUUUAGAGACUCGAGACUAGAGGCAACCAUUUCUAUUUCUAAUUAGAGUUGAUGACAUUUGCCAUACAAACAAUGGUUGAAUAUUCUGAAGGUGCAGCCUGCAGAAGAGAAUGCUGUGAAGUACUACUAUUUGGUGCAUGAUAAUUGCUUUUGAGAAUGAUCUGGGAAAAAAAAAAAAAAAUUCCCAGUUCUGCUGAAUACAAGAAGGCAAGCCGGACCUUACAGAAAGGUAGAUUCCAGCUCAGGUAUAGGAAGACUUUCCAAAGAGGAAAUAGAUGA